AUGAGAAUACAUGGGAAAGAGUUCAAUAAGGAAUUUGAAAGCGCAGACAUUAAAUUGUUAAAGAGUAAUUUGAGACAACAUUUGCCAAAAUCUCUGGAAUUAUUCAAUACUAAAUUUAUUGAGAAAAACAUAGGUGCACUUUGUGAAGCAUCUAUUGUUGGAAAUUUAUAUAUAACCAAAAAACAAUCCCUGUUAUAUGAACCAAAUAAGUCUCAAUAUGCACCAUACUUUUUCAAAUUGUAUAUGUUUGAUAUUUUGAGGAAGAAUAUCAGAAUUGUAAAUUUAUAUCAAAACAAACCGUGCACUUCUAUUGGCAUGUUUGCACACUAUAAUUAUAUUGGAAUGCCUAGAGCUAAAUUUUAUGAGUUAGUGAAACAAAUAGUGACUAAUGAUUUCAGAGAUCACUUCUACUAUUCAGUGAUUGGGAAGGAAAAGACUGAUAAUUUAUCAAUGUGGGAUAUCCAUGCCUAUAAUUUUUUGAAAAAUCAAACAGAAUUGAAAGAAGGUGAACUUAUUGAUAAUUUACCUCUUAUGGAAUUGAAAAAUAGACUUGUUAUCAUUCAACACAUGAAUGAAAUGUCUCCAGAAUUAUGGAAUAUAUUCCUUAAUGAUGGUAAAUUCCCUUUUAUUUUUGAUACAGAGUGGAAUUUCUUUGAUCCACAAGAAACAGGAGUACGAGUUAUACAAGUAGCAAACUCUUUUGUUUGUUUCAUGAUAUUGGUAGAUUUCGAUGAAAUACCUGCAGACUAUUUAGUGGACUUUUUAUUUAAUCCUAAAUUUACCAAACUUGGAUUUGCACUGAAUGGAGAUUUGAAACGAAUUAAUAAUUGGCUGACUGAACAUAACAUGGAAAAUUUGGACAGAACAUUCAUCAACACUCCUGAUUAUAUGAAUGAUCAAGGAUGGAUUGAAGGAGAUCCUUACUCAGUAGGUCUCUCCAAAUUGGUUACAUUCCACACAUUCAGCAAUCAAAAAAUGUUUUACAAAUUUAAGGGAAUUCUUGAAUUUUACGAGUACAAAUGGCAACCACAUGAUUUGAAUCCAACACUUUCACAUUGUCUCAAAAGAAUAGACUAUGCCUCCAUGGAUGUACUGAUUGGAUACUAUUAUCUAAAAUGUGAAAAGUAUCCAUCCAAUCACUUAUUCAAUACUAACUUAAGAAAGGGUUGGAAUGAAAACACAUGGAAAGAAGAAGCUAAAAAGAGUAAGGAAAUCAAAUACAGUUUACUUGAUAUCAUUUACUCUGACAGAUCAUCAUUGUUUACCACCAAGACUAGGCAUUUCAAGAUGAAGGUGGCUUACACCAAAAACUUUUGGAAAGCUAAUGAAAAUUCAUCAGAACUGACCCACUCAGAAAACAAUGUAAUAUUGGAACCAAAUCAGCAGCAAGAAGAAACUGUAGAUGAUCAACCAAUCGAACAAUAA